CCGCCCCCUCUCCCAGCCCCACCUCCCGUUACAGGCUGGAUCCAGCGUCUAUGAGACCUACCUCAUGUGUGUUGCUCGUUUGAGAUGCAAGGAGAUGCAGGGUCAUGAGGAGGUGCAGCUGGGCUGCGGGGAGACGCAGGGUCGUAAGGAGGCGCAGCUGAGCUACAAGGAGGCGCAGGGCCAUAAGGAGGCGCGGCUGGGCUACAGGGAGCCGCAGGGUUGUAAGGAGGCGCAGCUGGGCUGCAGGGAGACGCAGGGCCAUAAGGAGGUGCAGCUGGGCUGCAGGGAGACGCAGGGUUAUAAGGAGGUGCAGCUGGGAUGCAGGGAGAUGCAGGAACUUAAGGAGGCGCAGCUGGGCUGCAGGGAGGCACAGGGCCGUAAGGAGGCGCAGCUGGGCUGCAGGGAGACACAGAGUCAUAAGGAGGUGCAGCUGGGCUGCAGGGAAACACAGGGCCAUAAGGAGGCGCAGCUGAGCUGCAGGGAGGCACAGGGCUUUAAGGAGGUGCAGGUGGGCUGCAGGGAGAUGCAGGGUCAUGAGGAGGCUCAGCUGAGCUUCAGGGAGGUGCAAGGCCGUAAGGAGGUGCUAGGCAAAGAGAGAGCAGGCAGACUACAAUCUCAGUGUGUUGACACCAGUGAUAACAGAUGUAUGAAUCUCACUAGAGUGAUUAAGGAUUUAAACAGCUCAAACUGUGAGAGGGGAGAGGGCAGGAGUCUGGCAGUCUGCACACUUUCACCUGUAUCUGUUCUGGAGGAGAUGCUUCCUUAUGCAGCUACACAUGUAAUUACACCUGCUGACCACACAACCACGGAACUACCCACAUACUCACCUACUGACCAAACAACCGCAGAACUACAUGCAAACACACCUGCUGAUCACACAAUCGCAGAGCUUCCCGCUAACACACCUCUUGACCACACAACUGCAGAACUACAUGCAAACACACCUGCUGUCUAUUCAACCAUGGAUUUACCUGCAGACACUCCUGCCGACCAUACAACCACGGAACUACCCACAUACUCACCUGACCAUACAACUACAGAUUUACCUGCAGACACAUCCGCUGACCACACAACCACUAAGCGACCUGCUAACACACCUGCUGACUGCACAACCACAGAGCGACCUGGUCCUGCCCCAGCAGAAGCCCCAGAGAGAGAGGCGCACUCAGGAGGGCAGGACGGGUGUCGCAGGGGUUCUGACGAGGGGAAGAAGCGGACCGUUGAAGGAAAGAAACCAGCAGGUUCCGCGCCCAGACGGGCCAUUAGCGCCGGCUCCUCACGCCGCCGGAGGUUCUGGGAGAAGUCCAGCAUGCUGUGGUCAUCCUACCCCGAGUGGACACUGCUGCCGAGUAUGAAACCGUCCAAUCGGCCAGCGGCCACCUCUUCCUCUGUGGCUGACUGCCCUCCCCGGGACUCCGCCCUCAGCCCAGACCCCAGCCCUCUGAAAGACAGCGUUCGUCCUCCACAUCAUCACGGGCAGCCAGGGGGCACUGUCUUUGAACAGUGGCUGUCUCUUCCUGAUGAGCUGUGGAUGGGCAUCCUGAAGCUGAUGUCCCAUGGUGACCUGUGCCACGUAGCGCAAACCUGCCAUCGCCUGUGCAGACUGGCCAAUGACAGAACACUGUGGCAGGUGGUGAGGAUCGAGAACAGCACGUGUCUGAAUGCCGAUUGGCUGAGCAGCAUAGGGAGGCGUGGCCCUGGCAGCCUGACCCUGUACAGGUGCACGGACAAGGAAGUCACUCCGCGAGGCCUGGAGGAGCUGUUCGCCCAAUCCGGUGGCUCCCUGAGGGAGCUGCGCAUUGUGAGCUGCAGCGGACCCGGUCUCCAUGGAGACAAGCUGCUGCUCCCCUGCAGCCGGCACUGCGCUCGCCUGACCGACGUGGACGUGAGCUGGACCGGCGCCACGGAUACCGGCGUCGCUGCGCUCGCUAGCGCCACCAGCAGUUUGGAGAGCGUGGUAAUCAAUGGAUGCAACAUAACCGACAGGGUCUUUAAAAUUAUCGCCAAAAGACAUGGAGGAAGUCUCCACAGGUUAGAGGUUUUCGGGUGCCGGGGUCUCAGUGCCCCGGCUCUGAGAGUCAUGGCGACGGAUUGCCCCGACCUGAAAGCGUUGAACCUCGGGAAGCUUCCGAAGAUCACGGAGGCGUGUCUGACCUCCAUCACGGGCCGGCUCAGGCGGCUGACCUCCCUCGACCUGACGGGACUGGCUGUGGUGCGAGAUCACACCGUGCACCUGAUAGCGCGUCAGUGCCCCGAGCUCCAGGACCUCACGCUCCGCAGCUGCCCCUCCGUCACCGACCGCAGCCUGAUCGAGAUUAGCACCUACAGCGCCUCCAUCAGGUACCUGGAUGUGAGUGGCUGUUCAGCUGUGACAGAUUUGGGGAUUCAGGCGAUUUCCAUGGCCUGCCAGUGUCUUCAGUACCUGGACCUCAGCUCCACCAAAACCAGCAACAAAGGAGUCCGUCUCCUGGCCAGUUACGGCUCCAGGCAGCUGCACACAGUGAAACUCAGCUUCUGCUACAUCUGCCAGGACUCCCUCCGGAAACUGUGCCGAUACCACAGAGGGCUGCGGCUUCUCCAUCUCUAUGGUGCCUGCGACUUCCACAACGUCCAGGAGCUCCGACGCAUCAGCCCCAGCCUGGAGGCCAAGUGCGACCUCACCUGCGCGACCCCACCUGGGCGGCCUCAUUAACUGCACACCUGGACCGCAUUAACCCCGGUCACCUGUCAUUCAGUCGGUCAUUAAGCCCGAACACACCAGAGUAUUUAAAUACUGCACCUGUCGUUUUUGUGUGGUUCAGUACUGUACUGGUCAUUUGUAUAUAAAUAGACUUAGAAUUAAAACGCUUGUAUAAAGUCUUCACUCUGGUAGUUGUUUGAUAAAAAAGCCAAAUAAUUAUAAUUGUAAGAAAACUGUUGAAAUAACAUUGUAACGUUAUUUUAAAUUUAUGUAAAUAAUCAAAUCCAAAAUCUGUAAA